GUUUAGCCAUCCUCCUCUUCCUGGGUGGCGUUACGGCAUCUGUGGGCUUCCUGGUCUCGCGGAGAGAGUUCCUGCGAUUUGUGGACGGUUUAGCACCACCGCCUCGAAUCACCGCCGUCAUUGUGAUGCUGCGUCGGGAGCGCUCCAUUUGCGCGCUCUCCUUGGGUGCUGCUGGUGGCUUGCUAUGGCAGCUGCCGCAAGGCAUUCCCAUGAUGGCGCUACUGGCCAAGAUGGGCGGAAUGAU